CUCUCUAGGUUUUUUCGCACCCCUGGUCGGAAAUACUUAGAUCGCUCGUGAAUCACUCAAGCUCUCUCCCCUUUUGAUUCCAUCGAUUAAUCUCUGAAUCCCUACUUCUCUGCUCGUGGUUCAUCUUUCCAUUCUUACUUUGGAAAGAAAUCGGAUACUACAGCAGAUACGAAGGGUUUCGAGAAAUAGAUCUUGCGAAAAGCACUGUUCAUCGACUUUUUGAUUUCUCCUUGGAGCUGAAGAUUGGACGAUUGUCUUCGAGUUUCAAGGCUCGAUUGGGGGUCGCCAUCCUCUGGCGAACCUCCCAACACUGAUUUCAGCCUCUAAUUCAUCCUCAUACUCGAGAAUCGAUAGAUUUGAAGCUGAAGUCAACGGUCCAUUGCAGACUUGGGGAUUCUCAGACUGCUCAUCAUCCGCUUGAUUAAACUAGAAUCGAAGCUUCACCUUGGGCGAGCCUCACCCAGGAGGGCCUUUUGGAUCUGCUCCCAAGACUGGAGGUGACAAUAUCCAGACUACAAGCACUGUUCAUCUUCGACUUGCACGAAGAGUUGCUUUGAAUCUGGAUUUCUCACUUAACAGAAGAGCGAGUUGAAUUCUGAAACUAUUGCUGAUCCCACCAGACUGAAACAAGCUAAGUACACUUCUUGUUCUUCAUUGUAUCUGUUUCUUCCAUUUCUUCGUACUGUUCACAGUUCGCAGAAGUGAAGAACACUGGGUUAAUUCCAGUUCUUGAUUUCAUCUCAACUUGCUUUAUCAAAGUGUAACACUUUGCAAGUCUUUUUCUGAUCUGGUUGGAAAUUUACACCAUACUAGUUAGAAAUUGUUUGUGAUUACUACGCUUGGUAUUUUGACAAGUGAUUUUCAAUAGACUGUUCUAUACUACUCUAGGUAUAUCUGAGAUUAUUUUUAGAACUUUAUGAUAUGAUUUUCUAAAAUUUCUUCUUGAAAAUCCUGGGUAUAUUCAGAACUGUUUUGUGCAACUCUUGCUAACUGUUUUGAAUAUAGAGCAUCUGGCACUUGUUUAGUAACAUUUCGGGCUGUUGUUUAAUUACUAUUACUAAACUGUAUACGCAGUGCUUGUUGGAUUUCUUGUCUUGCUUUUCGUAUUCUGCUGUAGUCUAACCUUGCAGGGACAUCCAGUGUAAUAUGGUUGUGCUAUCAUAACUCCGAGUGUUCUGGACCUUGUUCGUAUGUUAUGACAAAGAAGAAUAAGCAAAACAGGACUCCCCCGGCGAAAGAUAAGCAGUUUGAUGAUAAAAUUGCCUACCUGAAAGCAAAGAAAGCUGCUGUUUUGGCGGAUAAACUGGAAAAGAAAGGAUUUGAGGAGGAAAUACCUACUGUAUCUUCACCUAUUCCUAUGGAGGCCACUGAUUUCCAUACAGCGGCACACUCCACUCCUACUCAAGUAUCACUGGGCUCUGUGGGGACUACCUCUUACGCUGAAGCUGUACUGGGUAUAGGGUCUGCUUCCUCUAAUGCUGAGGCUUCCCAAGAACUUUCGCUGGCAGUUGUAACCACUCCGGACCUUGAUGCACUUAUAAUUGAGACAUCGGAUGAAAAUCAUGUUGUAAGUCAAGAUGAAUCUAUUUCUCUUGGCUCACAAGACACACACUCAGUUGAGCUGCUGGAUAAGGAGGCUGCUUCAUCGAAAGAACAGAUGAAGAAAGAUGAAAAGGAGACUAAACAAUGGUCUUCUUUAUUCCGAGAUAACAGGGCGCUAUCAAAUGGUCUUAAACUGGAAUAUUUCCCUCCUACUGGUGAGAAACUAGAUUUCUCCCACCUUCAGGUACCAACACUAAUUGAGGUCUGGGGUUUCUGCCUUGUUGGGCAUUUCUCGGGUAGAUUCCCCGGGCUUAAAGCUAUACAUGACAUGGCUACAAAGUGGGGUGUACAGGUUGAUAUUAAGUCACAUAGCAAAGGAUGGGUGAUUUUUAAGUUCAAAAGCGAAGAAGACAGGUUGAAGGUUUUAACUGGGGGUCCUUAUGUUCUUUUUGGAAAAACCAUGUUCCUAAAAGAACUAUCCGAAGACUUUUCGGUUGAUAGUGUUGAAUUUCUGAAGGUCCCAAUCUGGAUCAAACUUCCAAAACUUGCUAUGCGACUGUGGAAAGCAAAGGAACUGGGUAUGAUCGCUUCUCAAGUGGGUGUACCUAUCAUAGCGGACAAGAUUACGCAGGAUAUUGUCUAUACACACUUUGCUCGAGUCCUUGUUGAAGUGGAUGUCACAAAGCCCCCGGUGACCCAAUUUCCAAUCGUUCCUCCUUCUGGGAACGAGUAUAUGCAGCAGGUCAUCUUCGAGACAUACCCGGAUUACUGCUACAAUUGUAAGAUGUAUGGCCAUCAUCCGUUUAAUUGUUUAAAGCUGAACCCUCCAAAGGAAAAGGACAAGUUGGAUGCCGAUGUGAUAAGGAAAAACAAGGUGGAUGCCGAUACUACUGUGAAAGGAAAAUAUCCUACUGACCGAGGGCAAAACAAAAGACCACUGGUGCAGGGAAACACUUCUAAGCCAGGCCUCUUUCAACUGCCAGACACCUUCUCACUUCCGGCCGAAAGUGAAUUGGUUCAGGAACAUGGAUUUGACUGGGAGGGUCGCAGGAUUCUGAGUGUCUAUGAAUUAGAGGCUGAUGAUAUUGUCAACCUCUUUGAAACCAAUGAAGAUGGAGUGCAUGCGGCUUAUGUCAAGAAGAAGCACCAGAUCAUGAGCUACAUUCCUAUUGCAAGACUGGGAACAAAUCUUCAACGUGUUGAUAACUUGGAUGUGCCGGCUAUCUCCUUUACUGAUCCAUGCUUGGUUACCCUCCCCGGAGUGAAGCGGACAUUCAAAUGGUAUGCCUUUAAUAAAGAAAUUUUUUAUCUUAACGUAGCUUCCUUCUUUGAUAUUCAGGCUAAGCAAAAUGUGGAUUUCUUAAGAGCUUUGAAUCACUCAUCUUUGGAUGCACCGAGCACUUCUAAACUGGCUCUAGAAGAACCAGCUGCUGUACCGCAUGAAGAGGCAGUUCAAACGGGCAGAAAAGAACCUCAAAUUGGUGAAUUUAGCUACACCAUUCGCAAUAUGCAUGACAUGGCUGAAGGGGAUGUUGUUACAAAGGUAGGCACAGAUAAAAAAGGCAAAAUGAUGGCCUGUGUUUGCUCGCCAGACCUGCUGCCAGUUGGUGUGACUACGGUUAGGGUGGGCUUUCAGCUCCAACAAGUAGAAGACGAGGAUCCAGGGGUAACCUUCACUGAGGCGUUCAGCUUAUCCUAUCCUGGUGUAAAGAAGAAAGGCAACUGGUAUGAAUUUCCUAAUAAUGUCUUUACUCCUAAUGUUAUGAAUUUUUUCAAUGCUAAACUUGCCAGGAAUGUCAAGUACCUUAAGGAGAAACUGCGAAGGGAAAGGCAGGCUGGGAAACUAUUAGGUGGUGAAGAAGGUGACCCCGGGGAUGAGUCUCAUUCCUCGGACCUCUAUCUUUCUUAAUGAUUAAAAUUGCUUCUUGGAAUGUUAGGGGUUUAAAUAAAGCCUCUAAGCAUAAUACUAUUAGUAACUUUAUUAAAACAAAUAGGGUUAAUUUUUGCUGUUUUUUAGAAACAAAAAUGAGUAAUGAAAAUUUAAAAAAGUAUGUUACCAAUAAAUGGCCUGGCUGGUUGUAUGCAAAUAAUUUUGCACACAUACCUGGCGGCCGAAUUGUUGUAAUGUGGAAUCCUGUUUUUUUGAACUGUGUGGUGAGUGAGAUUGAUACCCAGCAUAUUCAUAUUGAAUGUAUUUGCCGUAUAUCUCACAUAACUUUCUUUAUGACUGUUGUUUAUCCACUCUAUACUGUCUUGGAGCGCAGGUCUUUAUGGGAAUACCUAGCUAACUUUGGAUGCCGGUUAACGGAACCAUGGUUAGUUUUGGGUGACUUUAACUGUGUUUGUGCCCCUAAUGAGAGGUUGGGAUCAACCCCACCAUCGGCUUAUAUGAUGCAGGAUCUGGCUAAUUUUAAAAUCAUGGCUAACCUGGAGGAUGCCCCAUCCACUGGAGAGUUUUUCACGUGGAAUAGGGGCUCUUUGUGGGCUAAGCUUGAUAGAGUCCUCUUGAAUGAGGUUUGGGAACAAAAAAGAAUUGUGUGUAGGGCCCAUUUCAAUGAAAUGGAGGUGGAGUUUGAUCAUACGGCCUCCGUAACAUCAAUACUCAUAAAUUCCUCUCUAAGGCCGAAACCUUUUAAAUUUUUUAAUAUGUGGAUUAAGCAUCCGGACUUUAAUAAUAUUGUUGCGCAGAGUUGGACUGUUUUUGUUUCUGGUACAGCUCAAUACUCGUUUGUUAGGCGACUGAAGGCACUCAAGACACCUUUAAAGAAGCUUAAUGAGGCAGAGUUUGGCCAUAUUUCAACCAAGGCAAAAUUGGCUAAGGAAGAGUUUAAAAGGCUAAACAAGCUAAUGUUGGAGUCUCCCACGGAUGAAGAUAUUCGAAUGCAGUUGAUGGCGGCAAGGAAAAAAGCAACCUUCUUGGGGGAGGCCGAAACAUGCUUCUUCCAACAACGGGCCAAAACCACUCACAUUCUGGAAGCGGACAAGGGCACACGUUACUUUCAUGCAAUUGUGAAGAGGAACGCUGCCCGGAACUCCAUCUCCUCGGUUAUGCUUGAAGAUGGUAGCUUUACUAAAUCUUUAGAUGAUGUUGGUGAUGUAUUUGUAAAAUUUUUUGUUGAUCUAUUUGGAACACAGGUGGAUACCCUGGACCUGGACCACUCGGUUUUAGGUACUGGUCCUCUGAUUGAACCAGGUGUUCAUGAAGGCCUUCUUUCACCGGUAACAGACAAGGAAAUUAAAGAUGCCUUGUUUGAUAUCGGGAAUGAUAAGGCACCAGGACCUGAUGGGUUCUCCUCGGCUUUCUUUAAAGCCAAUUGGAGUAUUGUUGGGAAUGACAUGAUACGGGCUAUUAAGGAGUUCUUUUGAACGGGAAAAAUGCUUAAACAGAUCAAUCAUACUGUUAUAGCACUUAUCCCUAAGACUAGUCACUCCCCAAAAGUCUCGGACUAUCGACCCAUUUCUUGCACAAAUGUUUUGUAUAAAGUCAUUACUAAGAUUAUUGCGGCUAGAUUAACCCCGUGCCUCUCGGGGUUGAUUAAUCAAGCCCAAGGAGCGUUCGUCGAUGGCCGCCUAAUGUUUGAUAACAUUUUCCUAGCCCAGGAACUUGUUAGAGGAUACAAUAGGAAGCGAAUUUCGCCAAGAUGUAUGAUUAUGGUGGAUUUGCGCAAGGCUUACGACACGAUAUCAUGGGAUUUCCUUGAAAAAGUCUUAUUGGGCUUGGGCCUCCCAACUCGAUUUUUUGGAUGGAUAAUGGAAUGUGUCUCGACGUCCUCGUUCUCGGUCUCCUUAAAUGGAUCACUGUUUGGAUUCUUUAAAGGAAAAAGAGGAAUACGGCAGGGAGACCCUAUGUCUCCGCUGCUCUUUGUUUUGUGUCUUGAAUAUUUCUCUCGGUUACUCACGUUGAGAACCAAGGGAAAUAAUUUUAACUUCCACCCCCAAUGCUCUUCCUUGGGUAUUACCCAUUUGGCCUAUGCGGAUGAUCUUAUGCUUUUUUCUAGAGGUGACACGUAUUCAGUGGAAAUAUUGGUCAACGCUCUGAAGGACUUUGGGGACGUAUCGGGCCUUAGGGUAAACCACGAAAAAUCUAAUAUUUUCGUGGGUGGGGUGAGGGACCAAGAACUUCAAAACAUUUUGGAUAUUGUUGAUUAUAGACAAGGCGUAUUUCCGGUAAGAUACCUUGGAAUACCUCUUGCUCCACUUAGGAUUUCGGUUGCACAAUAUGCACCAUUACUUGAUACGGUCAAUGAUUUUUUAAAAGCUUGGAAUACAAAAACACUGUCCUAUGCCGGGAAAAUUGAACUAAUCCGCUCAGUAAUUCAAGGGGUUCAAUCUUUUUGGCUCCAAAUUUUCCCGGUUCCUCGAACCAUAUUGGAUAGGAUAGUAUCGAUUUGUAGAAUCUUCCUAUGGGGUGGGAAAUACUCCAAGGUCUCGUGGGAUGACAUCUGUCUCCCAAAGGAGGAAGGUGGCCUUGGCAUCCACAAUGCCAAAGUUUGGAAUGAUAGUCUUUUGGCCCGCACACUAUGGGAUGUUCAUAGGAAAAAGGAUACCCUGUGGGUUCGGUGGAUUAAUGGAGUAUAUCUUCGGGAUAAAAAUGUGUGGGACUUUGUCCCACAUAGCCGAGACUCUCAACUAAUGAAGAGGUUGGGUCUCAUCCGAGAUAGACUGCGAGGAUGUUUUAAUAACUUAAAUGACACCGUACUAGGUUUAAAUGCGAGAUGCAUCAAUGAUAAGUUGGUGUCGGGAAAAAUAUAUGAACUUUUAAGAGUAAGAGGGACCCCUAGGACCCCGAUGACCUUCAUUUGGAAAUCCUACAUCCCUCCGAAGUUCUCUUUUAAUGUAUGGUUGGCUUUGAGGAACAGACUUCCUACACAGGACAGUCUCGGAUACCUUUAUAUUGUUAAUAGAUGUGAUCUGUGCAAGGGUGGAUUGGAAACAAUUCCACACCUCUUUUUUUGUUGCCCUUUUGCGUGCAGAGUUUGGGACAAAAUUAGAGCAUGGGUCGGAUUUGGGAAUCAGAUGAAUACACUCCUUAGUGCAAUAAAAUGGAUUUCUAAGAAACGCAAGGGAUCAACGUUGAAGGCCAAGGCAGGACGGCUUGCUUUUUGUGCGACGGUUUACCAUAUCUGGCAAGCAAGGAAUAACGCAAGAUUUGAUGAAGGCAUGAAGUCUGAAGAUGAUGUGGUAGCCAAGAUCAAGCAUGUGGUGUAUAAAAUACUUUACAGUAUUUACCCGCAUGAUCUGGUGAAGUUCUGAACUAGGAUACCACGAUAUGGAGAUUAUGGAUAUCGUGAUUUUUGAUGUGGGUGUAUGUACCUUGCGGCACCCCGUUUUUAUUUGGAUUUUUUGUAGCCUCCGAUAGGUGUGUGCAAUUUGGCAGCACCGCUAUGUUUUGAUUAUUUUGAUGGGCCAAGUUUACUUGGUGAUUUCCAUAGAUAAGAUCGAAGAAAAACCUCUCUUCACCCCACAUUAUGUGGGGUUGGGGGGGUUUUAGGAGAUCUUAGCUAUAUGAUGUAAAGUUUUUAUGGGUGUUAAUAUAUAUUUACAUUUCAUCCAAAAAAAAAAUGUAAGGGGUGUUUUCAUCCGUUCACACAUUUUUAAUCUCUUUUUUUGUCCAGAUUUAAAAUGAGUCUUAUAUUUGUCUAGGAGAAAGUCCAUACUCUUCUUUCCGUCAUUCUCUCAUACAUAUUAGCAAGAUUAAGAAUUAAAA